AGCGGCAGAAAGAGAAGGAGAAAGAGAGGAAGAGAAAAAGGGGGGGCCCGGUGGGACGUAGUGGGGCCCAGUCGGUCGAAGUCUCACGCCUUCCGUCAGUCCUCAGUCCGACGAGGAGCGUAGAUCGGUGAACACCUUGUUAUUCCAUCGCCACCCGCUCGAUUCGUGCGCGUUCCAUUAUCGAACGUCACUCUGGCUCGCGAUAAACAACGUCCCCUCGAUUUUCAAUCGACCUGGAAUCGACCCUUGCAGACUCUCGUGUAGGAGGAAAGUUGGUUAAAUAGGAAGCAGUCGGUCAGGCGAAGGCGACCGACAGCGCCAUCUACGCGGCUAAAGGACAGUGCGAUCGUCGAAAGGCUGGCAAAUAAGCGGAUAAAGCGAGUGGAUAAACUCGUCUCGGGAUACAAUAAGACGGAAGCUCGGACAUGUUUCGGAAGGUCGAUCGCCGAUGAGGCAGCGAGGAACGUCGGAUACGACAGCCUGCGUGGCUGACGAAGGCUGUCGGCCGCGCCUCUGGAUUCCAACAGCGGCGACACACUCAGCGGGCCCGUUCGAUUCCGCAGUGUGUCGGUGAGCGUUGCUCGUUUCUUGUGUUGCGUGGAAAGAGUGUGUAACCUGUCCGCCGCGGUGGAUCGGUACACGUGGAGGUGAGGGGCGACCAGGAGGACGUAGACGCCACUGGUGUAUACCGCAUACCACAGGAGGACCUGGCCUGGACGAGCAGAAGAAAGAAGAAGGGGAGGAGGAAGAGGAACGAGGUGGGGGGUUGAAAAAGGUAGGCAAGAUCGGGAGCGGUGUUGGAAGAAAGAAACGCGAGCCGGCUGGAGGAUCGAGGAGAGAAGGCCAGGUAGAAGAGGAAAAGGGAGUUACGGGCAGGGAACGGUUGGUGGGGAAGCCGUCAGAAGGCGGCCAUAAUGGCCUGACGCGAUCUCGAGCGAGCGGCGGCUACAGCUGCUGCGAAAUAGCCGAGAGCGGCUCUCCUCGUUGUCCACGCACACGUAUUUUGCAAUCGCGGACGGGCUACGUGUUUGGAAAGUGACUGCGUAAUCGCGAGUGAAGUGUGUUACCGGGUGGAGUCCUCCUCUCUAACGUUGUUCCACGAGUGGUGCUUCUCGAAUUUUAUUUUCGAUCGGCUCGAUGCUCGAUGCUCGGUGUUCGAUGAUUCGACGGUUCUGGAUCGUUGCUGGCCACUUCGCUAUCGCGCCUACCUGCUUCCAUUUCCUGUUCUGAGUCGAAAAAGCGAGGGAGGAGACGCGACCGCUUGAGAAGAUCUUUAAUCGCGCAACGAGGCUCGCUCCGAGGUAAAGAUGAGGGGUGCCAAUCAAGAUACCGCGACACCGUAUUGUCGUUGCAGAGUCCUGUACUUGGGUAGCUCCGUGCCCCAUGCCAGCAAGGAAGGGUUGCUCGGUGUCCAGGAACCCUUGAGGGAAUUGUAUCCGGAACAGGGGGCCCUAGGAGCACGUGGACUCGACUCCUGGCUCAGCGUUUGGAGCAAUGGCCUGUUACUGGAGAACGUGGACGAGCAUCGCAAGAAGGUUACCAGGUUCUUUCCCAUCGAGGCGCUUCACUAUUGCGCCGCGGUCAGACACGUCAAAGGCGGAAGCGGCGACUCGUCAAACACAAGGUUUCUGCCUUUGGACUCGCCGUUCGCCAGGACGCCAAGUGCCAAUCACCCGCCCCUUUUCGCCGCGGUUCUUCGACGAACUACCGGUAUCAAGGUUCUCGAGUGUCACGCGUUCAUAUGUAAACGCGACAUGGCGGCCAACGCCCUGGUCAGAUGUUGUUUUCACGCGUACGCCGACAGCAGCUAUGCCAAGGGUCUGGAUCCGAGCACCACGACUAACGGGGUAACCGGUCAUCCUUCGAACAACAGUCUGUAUCACACGUUGGGUGGAUCCAGCACCACUUUGGACAGCCCUCAGGCGACGCGUUUGGACGCUACCUCGACGGACGAUAUCAGUCUGUACAACGGUGACGAGAAUCACAAAGUUUGGGCCAGGGGUCGCGACGAGGUCGAAGGUUUAUACCAAGAACAAGGCACUCUUAGGAGUACCAAGGGUUCCAGACCCCGUCAGCUGGUCGCUCCACCUCCUCCACCGCCGCCACCGCCCCCACCCUCUCAACCUCUGCUCCUCGAGGAAUCCUCUUCCUCCUCCGUUCGCAGGAAAGCCAACAAAAAGUUGAAGAAACUGAAAAACCGAUCAUCUCACGAAGAUCCCUUGCAGCAGGCGCAUCUACACCCUCAGCUUCACCAGGGAAUAUACACGAACGGGCAUGGACAUCACACUCUGGGCCAUCCGGUCAGGCAGCAACACUAUCAUCCUCACCCUCUGCCGCCGAGCAGUCGAUCCGUGGCCGGAACUCUGGCCAGACCGGCCCCGGUCUUGUUAGUCCCAGCUGCCACUUUACCCAGGAAGGCUCAUCAUCAUCCCAAAGGGCUCAGACCGAUCCCAGCGGCCGCUCCGAUUGUCCCGGUGUACGCCCCCCUUCCGGUAGUGCCUCCACCACCCGCCGCAGCUAUUUAUCCGGCUGGAACUUACGGGACGGCUGGGAACAGAGGCAGAAGGCAACACGCCGACGCGGAUUCUUCGACCUUAGGCGCUUCCAGGAGGCUGGCCGCGUCUCACGCUGACCUAACUUCCGCCGAAAUGAACAGAGCGGCGGACAGUCCUGAGAACGAAUCGCGUUUCGGUACCGGGAUCUAUCGGCGGAAGGGCCAUUUGAACGAGAGGGCAUUCUCGUACAGCAUCCGAGCGGAGCAUCGUAGCAGAAGUCACGGAAGUUUGGCUUCUCUAGGUUUUAGCGCGCAAAAUGGGAACGCGCUGCCCAAAGAAGAGAAGAAGGACAGGGAGAUAGCGCAAUUGGUGGCUGGUUUGAAUUUGGACGAUAGCCCGGAGAGGGCACAGCCGCCGGCCAACCCCAGGAACGGUUAUUCCCAUCAUCAGCAGCAACUCCAGCCUCUUCCCAGGCCUCGACCUCGUUAAGAUCACUCGCAUCGAUUCGUAGUCGAUCCAAGUCUGGAGAGAUCGUUGCUCGAGUCGAUCCAUAACCGAGUCAAAGCCUGACUAACGGGGACGCUUUAUCCCCUCGUGGAAAUGUGAACGAUUAUUGUAGAAUUUAUUUACAGAGUCGGAAAGAAAUCCGAGCUGACGAUGCGAAUGGAUUUGAGAUCGAUCGUCUUUCGUUGAAUCGAACGACACGAGAUAGACGUUGCGUAUCGUUUUCCUUCGAAGAACCAGUGUUUUCGUAGAUGGAAAUUUCGAAAUUUCGUUUCUUCCAGUUUCCGGCUGUUCAAACAGGAAUACUCGUUUGAGCAGAAAAAUACGAGGAAAACGAUUCGUCGCAGCAUUAGCGUGGAAAAUCGCGAUAGGUGGUCGAGCUGUGCCCAACUGGUUCAGUUGGCUUUCGUUUCUCGGAACAACCUUCCCCGAGUAGGAAAAUUACGGACAGGUAAAAAGCUGACAAACGUCAGGCCUCAUCUUCGUCGUGCAGGUUUCUACCUGUGACCUCGAUCGUCUUAUCUCGAGAGUUGGUUACCUUUGUCGAAUUAACAACUCGGAUCGUGGGAUGCUUUGGUGGAAAGAAAUUGAAUACAAGUUCGUCUGAAACAAAUUGAUUUUUCUGGAUUUAGAAGAAAUUUAUAUUUUAACUUUUCCGAAGUUGUUUUCUAUUCUUUUUUAUUUCUUCUUUUUUUUCCAAACUUUUAGAAGUUAAAUUUAACAUUUUACAUAAAUAGAUUAUCCCUUUGACGGAAUAUAGCAAAAUUAUAUAUAGUCUUGAAAAAAUAAUUUAUUAGAUAUGAUUCAAUGGAAUUAAAAUAUGAAUAGUCGAAUAUGAUUUUGACUCUUCUAAAGAUUAAAUCGAUAAAAAUCCGAUGUUUUUUUCUUUAAUUGAUGAUGGUUGGCGGAAAAGAUUGAUGUAACGAAAAAAAAAAUCCUUCCUGUCUAAUUGGACAAGCUCGAAUUAUUGUCACCAGACCAAGAAGAUCGUUCUAAUGGUUGAAACUCGUUAGACACCGUACAUAGGCACGCAAUCUAUAUAAUAUUUCCUUCAAGAAUAUAAUAAUAAUUUUGAAAUUAGAAUUUUAUACUUUCAUUAACGAAAUAUUACUUACAAAUUUUACUAAUUUUUAUAAUUCGAUGUUCAAAAUUUCUUAAAAUCGGUUAAAAAUGAAAUAUUAAAGGAAGAUCGUUCGUUGUUAUUUUUAUUAUUUCAAUUUUAAUUGAAUCCGAUCGAAACUCUUUCAUCGUGAUAAUGGUGAACAAUUCGCCAUUCUUCUAAAAUUAUCGAAAAAUCGUCGAACAAUUUCCCCCUAGAAAACUGAUGGUUUUCUCGCUUCCCGACGCACGACUUUCAGUUGGCUCGCUCGUGAGAACGCAAACGUUAAUCUUAAUUGCAUGAGAAAAAGUUAUGCCGCGAGGGAAAAGGAAGGAGAAUUUUGAGAGAUCGAGGGAAAAGAAAACUUGUAUAUUUCGUUCUUUCUUUCUUUUUUCUACGAUCGAAACAAUAUUAUAUCAAAAAUGUAUCUUACGCAAAAUCUUUACAUUUUUUCGCCAACGAAACGCAUAAAUCUCACGAUAAAAGGAAACGAAUAUCACGCGUCAAGUUUUAUAGAUAUACAUUGUUUUCGUGACGAAUGAGAUUUCAUAAGUGUGAAUCGGCCUUGCGGUAUUAACCUUAAAUCCAAUUACAAUUAUUAAUUACCGGAAUCUAUAAAAUUUCGAAGAGAAUGCGCGGUAAUUGCGAUCAUUUGCAUGUUUCCAGCUGUUUAUUUUUUGUUGCUCGAUGUUUCACGCGCGUAGCGCAACGCGGUGGGAAAAUUACUCGGGUUGCAGGGGCGCCACCAUUAACAUAAGGGAAACGGCGUGUAUCGCGUUCCUUUGACACACGGCCCCGUUUUUCCACGGGAAAAAAACAAGUAUCGUAACGAACGAGUAUUUAAUAACCGCGGAGACACGGGGAUUACUUAAGCGUGCAUACUUUGAUGCGACUCGCGCAAUCGCGUGUAGAAUCGUGCUCGUGAGAACCAAAUCUGGGAAGCUUGAAAUGCAAUUGCUUUGUGCAAUAAUAUCACCGAGACGAAGUUGCCAAUAUUGUUCCGCACAAUUAACCUGAUGAUAGUAAUUAGUGCGCGGCUUAACAGGGGGAGAAAAUCCGCGAAACAUUUGUUUCUUCACGCUCGAGUCGAAAAUUGAGCAAAUAUCGAAAUAUCGAGAAAAAUAUUUCGCGUUAAAAAAUUAAAAUAAUUUUCAAUGAUGAUAAAUAUUUUCUCCGUUGAGAUUAUUACGAGGAAUUCUAGGUUAUAAUUAAUAGUCUUUAUAAAAGAAGAGAAACAAGUCCGAAUUAAUUAAUUAAUCAGAAAUGAGAGCCAAUCCAGCGGUCGUUCACUUGGGCAUCGAAUAUAUCUAUUUUCGAAACUGGUUAUAGAUAUCUUGCAUGCAUAAACGAAUACAUUUUUCCUAUGGACGAGUAUUGUAUGUAUUAUUAGAUAUUAUUAUUAGAUAUUAAUCGAUUAUUAUCGAUUCGCGGCCGAUGUUAUGCACUCGCUGCAUAUUUUCUUAUUGGAUUUUUUCUCGAUCGCUUGUCGAAACAAUUUGCGCAAUGAAAAUGCGAGAUAUAUUUAUUUAUCAUUUCAUUUAUUUGCUAUUAAAAAAAAUCGAUAAUUUUUUUCUACUUUGAUUUAUCGAGUCAAAUAUAAUAUUUCUUCGGUUCAUAAAUAUGACAAUUGUUCGUUAAUAGCGAUUUAAAAUUUUUUAAAAUUAUCCUAUAGUACGUUAAAAAAAAAGAAAGUAGAAAUUACAACGUUUGCGUUUCUUUACGUUUCCUUUUUGAUUGGCUUUUGCGAAGGAGAUAGACAAAGAACGAUAUAUAAAGGUGGUUAAUGAUCGGUAAAUGAACAAGUAACGUGGAAUAUCGCUUGAAAACUAUUCUUUAUACUGCUCGCGCUUCAUCGAUUGCAUUGAUCGGCUUGGUGAAAAGUGUCUCUUUGGUUUCGUAACGAGUUUCUUUAUUCUCGCAACGCAUAACUCGUGAGGAGGAUAAAAAAAAGGGAGGAAGGGGGGAAAUGGAAUUGCGUGGUUGGUUCAAGGUAUCGCGAGUGCAAUGGACCGAAUUAUGCCAUGGAAUGUAUAAUUCUUAGAUAGCAAAACCUGCUUAUGAUUUAAUUUAUAAUUUAAGCAACGUGUUUUAGAUGGAAAUGUUGAAAGAAAGGCAGAAAUAUUCGAAGUGAUUUUGAUAAAAUUUUAAUGGAAGUUUAGGAUUUUAUAGUAGAAUGUUUAAAAAAAAAAAGAAACAUAAAAAUUUACAAGAAAAAUUCGUAUAGAAAUAAAAAAUUUUGUAAAUGUUUUGCGUGAUAUUAUAUUUAAAAAAGACAUUUAUAAUUAAUAAUUUUGUUUAUUCCCUCUAUCUUGGUGCGUUUAAAAACAUAAGCAAAACGUACAAUCGCUUUUAAAUAAAUGUGUUCGUGGUCAAAGAAGUUGACCUGACCCACUGACACUUAUCAUGUAACAAAUUGAACUCUUUGGUUUGCGACAUCACGAAAAUUCUUUCCAUUGGUUACAAACCAAUUGUCUUCGAGAUUUCUUUUCAGUUCUAAUGACAUCAUUGUUGUAAGCAAAUCGUAUCUAAUUUUACCGCCAUUGCAUCAAUCAAAACGAGGCAAAGAAAUACGUAGAAAAAAAAAAAACUGAAUAUCAAUUUCAAUUUUAACGAUGCUUCAAUUGCUUAAAGUAAUAAAAAAGAUUCGCUACAUUGAUUAUCCAAUUUUCCACGCUAAAAUUGCGAAUUUUUCCUUUUAAAAGGCAAUUAUUUUGUGUUGUUAAUUAUACAUGCGACCACCGUAUCUUCGAUUUUUCCGUUUCUUGUCCUCUUGUCUCUAUAUAUAAAUAUAAAUAUAGAUGAGUGAUACGACGUCGUUGUUAUUUUUCUGCAUUAAAAUUGCAUAAUUCGGUAAGUUACAAGAUGCAAUUGUGUGUAAAUUCUGCUAUGAAAAAUAGAGAUACCGAAUUACCGGAUGUGAGAUCGCAAUGAUGUCGCGUCAGUCAUUUGCUUCGAAGUUAAACUAGACAGAUAGCGCCACCAAGUGCUAUCCCGAGUGGUCCAGAAUGGGAAUCAGUGCCAAACGUCAUAAAUUGUCCGACUUUGCAAAUUGUAUCGACAUUUUUUUUUUUUUUUUUUUUACCUCUUUCAAUUCUGUCGCUUAAUUCUUUCGGUGUGCUGAAUUUAACAGAAAUAUUCAAAGCUUGGAGCCUAAUAAGGAUGAUACGCGAGUUUUCGUAGAUUCGCCUAGUCAUUAAGAUUAUCAGGCUGGAACGGAAGUUCCGCUCGUUUGUCCUUUGUGGUUGACAAAAAUAAGACUGAAAAAAAUAAUCAUUCAUCUUUUCAGCAGACGAUUCAAACAUCUUCAUCUUUCUUUUCCUUUUUAAUAUCUAUUUUUUUAAUUUUCAUACAAUAUUUCGAUAUUUUUAUUUUUUUGUUAUUUCUCGAGUCUGAUUUUAAAAAUUAUUAUGCUCGAUAUCUUCGAUUUUUCGAGUAUAAAGUUGAAAGUUUCGUGAAAAACAGCCUGGUAUCGGAAUGAAGGGAGAAAGAAAAAUCCGGAGACUUGCAAGUCGGACAAAAAAUGCAACUGGAACUUAUUUAUUUUAUAUUAUCGCAUGUGCCAGAUGAAUUGUAUAGGAAAUCACCCCAGCCGAGUGUUUUCAACUCGAUGAUAUAAUUAUAACUUAUAUUUUUCAUAUAGAAUCGUGUUAUAUAUUUGAAGAGCAACGUCUAACAUCCCUUCUAUUAUUAUUUCCUUUAUAUUAAAUAGAAUCCUUCCGAUAAUAAAUAUUGUUUUAAAUAACAGAUGUGGCGUUUUGCUCUGCAAAUAAUUACACAUUAUCGUUAAUGGGUUUACGAAUCGUUCACCAUACAAUUACCUUUUUUUAAGGACUUCUCUCGAAAAUUAUCCCAUUAACUCUUCCUUUGAUAGACUCCUUUGAUAGAUGAAAUUAAUAUCGGAUAUCAAUGAGAGACAAUAGAGAGACAAAUAGCUGUUCGAACGAAGAGUUAAACGGUGAAAAUUAAUCGAGAUUUUCGCGAAGCGCAAACGAUUAUUUAUUUAUCGUGAUCUGUGCUCGUUUCGCGGACAUGUAUCGUAAUGAAAAUGUAUUUAUAUGAUUUAUCGAACGCGAUGGAGUCUCCCCGCCUUCGCUUUCUGGAGACAUUGUGCUCGUAAACGCUUUAUCUCGUCAUACGUUUGUCCUUUUACACAAGCCUUUAAACAUCACCGAUCCUAAUUAUUUAAAUAUUUGUAUUGAAUUUGAAAUUACGACAUGCAUGUCAAUGCGGAGAAUUAAAUUCAGUUCAAAAAUGCCAUGGUAAGUUUCGUAAAAACUUAUUUCGAUAAAUUUUAUGAAUUUCUGUAAAGAGUUUUUUGGGGAAUGAGUUUGAUUUUAAAGGCUCGAAAUCUAAGAAGAGAGCGAGGAUCUUUUUAAAAAUACGAGAAAUACAGAAGACGGAUUAACUGGAGAUCCAUCCCAUCCUCUUGAAUUACUUGUGAACAUAUUAUGUAUAUUGUUACGUGUCGAUUGCCAUGCAAGAUUAAUUAAUAAUAAACUAACAAUGCAAUUAAAG